AUGGAAACACUAGGCGCGAGGCAGGCACACGCGCCCCCGGACCGGGCGCCAAUCCAUCACGGGGCUUCCGUCCCCUCGGACGUCAUGACGGUCAUGCCUGUGAAGAUGCCUGACCGCCGAGAGAUUCGCACCCAAAAUUCGUCCUGGAUUGUGAAGUGUGAUGCCCUACCACCGCUUAACAUCACACAGAUUAAGCCUGCGUGUCAGCCCGGCCAGCAGCAGGUGUUUCCUAAGUGUUUCAAUCGAAGGCUCAAGAAACAGCAUAUUAAGCCUAUACAUCCGCCCCAGUGGCAGCAGGGAGAGAAGCGUAAACCCCUUCCACCGCUUAACAUAGUGCAGAUUAAGCCUGAACAUCGACCCCUCAAGCAGCAGAAGGGCAACAAACUUCCAGACAUUCUGCCACCACUGAAUUCCAAACCAAGGGCAACCCACAAGAUCGAGGCAAAGCACCAGGGCUUUGGAGUUUUUCCCAACAUCAACAAGAAGGAGCAGCCAAAAAUCAUUCCCGUCCAGCAGAAGCGUUGUCCUGGUCAGAGGCCGGUGGCUCCAGAUUUCAAUAAAAAGAAGGAGAUACGUCAGGAACUUGCCAACGUCAAGUCGGAGGCCAAUCAGUUCCCUCUCACUCCCAAAGAUGUGCUGAAUUCCUAUGGAAAAAACAUGACCAAAAACGAGCGUGACGAGAUCCUUUAUUACUCUGAGAUCUGGUAUUUAGGCCACAUAACCAAGAAGGCUGUCAGGUUCCUCACCGACUCACAGAACCCGCAAUCUGACAACAAGGCCAACCUGAGGUACGAUCAUAUUGCGUACCGUUACGAGGUGCUGGAAAUGCUUGGAAGUGGAAGCUAUGGGCAGGUCUACAAGUGUCUGGAUCAUAAGACCAGUGAGAAGGUGGCUAUUAAAGUGAUCAGUUCCAACAGUGCUAUGAUAGGAGAAGCGAAAAUGCUGGAUUUCCUGCGGAUGAAGGAUAAAAACAGCUCCUGCAACAUCAUACACAUGAAGGAAUACUUUUACUUCCGCACCCAGCUCUGCAUUGUGUUCGAUCUCGUGGGGCAAAAUCUGUACAACCUCCUAAAGAAGAACAAGUUUAAGGGUCUCAGCCUGGGUCAGGUACGCAACAUCGCCCAGGAACUGCUCAAGUGCCUGAGACUGCUGGAAAAAGAGAAGAUCAUCCAUGGUGAUCUCAAACCUGAGAACAUCGUACUGUCACCAGAUAAACCAAGUGGGAUCAAAGUCAUUGAUUUUGGGUUCAGCUGCUUUGAGCAUCAGCAAGAGUACCCAUGCAUCGGGACUCAAUAUUACUGCGCCCCAGAGGUGAUGGUGCGCAAGCGGUACACCACCGCCAUCGACAUGUGGAGUCUGGCCUGCAUCCUGUGUGAGCUGUACACCGGCGAGCCUCUGUUUUACGGAGAGGAUGAGACGUACCAAAUGUCCUGCAUGAUGGAGGUGCUUGGAAAGCCUCCGUCUGACUUCGUCUCGUCGAGGAGGGAACUGUUCUUCGACUGUAAGGGCCGACCCAUCAAGACAGAAGACCACGAUGGCAGGCAGAGAGUCCCCGGCUCCCAAGAUCUGGCCAGCGUGUUAAACACUGAUAACGAGCUGUUCCUGGACUUCAUCAAACGUUGUCUGACUUGGGACCCAAAGAUGCGCCUCAUGGCGAAGGAGGCCCUGCAGCAUAAGUGGAUUCAGCAGGGACGUCAUUAACGUCAACAACAGGACCGGUGCACACACACCUGUCAUCAGUGCUGAGAGAUGCAGAAAGGACCGAAUUCAGGACAUCUCAGCCAUGGAACAGGAGUAGAACCACAAGGGUCACCUCUCAAAAAAAAGAGAGAGAAGAAAAGAAAUCCCUUUAUGUACAAUAUUAGCAGUGGAUAUGACUCGACGGGUCCUAUCUAAUGAUUUUAUUGUUUUUAUAUCUAUUUCUCGAUCUAGGUGGGACCCCAAGAUGCAUCCCAUCACCGGCUAUGCAGAAGAUUAAAGGAGUGCACAAGGGGUGACAGGCCAAAUUUAGUUCCCUUACAGCCUGGUGGAGCUGCUCUAAAGAAAUUAAACCAUCGACAUUCAUUGUUGAUCAUCGUUGGAACAGAUGCCCUGGAGAGCACCAUUCCUGAUCGAUGAUAUGAAGACAUCAACAAAGUCCUCCAAUGUCACAAAACAUGACCACUUUCUUCCAUCAGAUGUUAUUAUUGUAAAAUAGGUUUUCAAUAAUAAAUAAAAAUCUAAAAACAUUACA